AUGGAUUUCAUCAAGACCAGUUCCCUGCGUGCUCUGAUUGAGUUAACUUUCCAACGCAACUGGAACGGCCUAAUUUGGAUGAGUGGAAACGGAGUUACAACCAAAAGAGUGAAGACUGCUCCAGACGGCUCUAUCGAGAACAGCGCCCAAACCGUGCAGUCUGACUGGCCGAGAAACGAACGUUUCACGCUCGGCCAGAAUCUCACCCGUCCGUCUGAAGUCUCGGCCAAAGUCCAAAACUGUUCGGCCGAACGCAAGUCACGACCCGAGAAACUAUUGCCCGCGGUCGACCACACCACAACAGCUCACGCCACAGCCACGCACGACCUAAUCCAUCCAACCCCUUAG